AUGCUAGCAUCAGAAGGCACCGUACGGUUACUCAGCGAAAUAUUUCGCCGGCAUCGCUUACUCAGCCUCAACCAUGUUCUCCCAUUUGACGCUCGAACGGCAAAAGUCGCGAUCGGAGCGUCUGCGGUAACAGCGGCCUACCUGACAUGGCAGUUGGCCAACGAAAGCAAUCACAUAGCUCUCGAUAGCAAUAGCCCUCUUACAAAGCCGUCAAAGCCUUCACUAGCUUCGUCCGAAUCUGUCCCAAAGCCAACACGACAGCCAGAAACUGCUCCACCUUCUACGCCGGAAUCCUCGAAUGCGGAAGCUUCAUCAAGCAAAAACGUGGAUGCCUCUUCCGACACUACUCUAGACGAGAAGCCCGUCAUCAGUGAAGAAACUAACGGAGAGCAACCUCCAACAGAAGGCGGGACACCCUCACAAGGUGCCUUCAACCCGGAAACUGGCGAAAUCAACUGGGACUGUCCUUGCCUUGGUGGAAUGGCCCAUGGGCCGUGUGGGCCCGAAUUCAGAGAGGCGUUCUCUUGCUUCGUAUUCUCUGAGGCGGAGCCCAAGGGUAUCAACUGUGUUGAGAAGUUCCAGGGGAUGCAGAAUUGCUUCAGGGCACAUCCCGACGUGUAUGCUGAUGAGAUUAUGAACGACGAUGAUGACGAACCCGCCAAUGCGGACGGGUCAAACGUACCGCCCCCAGAGAACUCUGGCGAAAAGCUCAACGGCGAGACAUCUUCGGAUUUUGUGUCAGAUGAUAAACCGCUAUUAGACGGUGCAUCCGUUAAGGAUACCUGA